AGAGGUUUCUUUUGAUUUGGUAACCCCAAAUUGGAGCAAUUUCCCUCCAAAUUGAAAGGGUUUUAGAGAGGAGGAGAGCGGGAGAGAGAGCGAGUGUCAACAAAUGGCAACAUCAUCUUCUUCAUCGGCCACUCAAAACUACGACGUUCCAUGGGUAGAGAAAUAUAGACCGUCCAAAAUCUGCGACAUUGUCGGGAACGAAGAUGCCGUCUCCCGCCUCCAAGUCAUCGCACGGGAUGGCAACAUGCCUAACCUAAUCCUAUCCGGUCCUCCUGGAACUGGUAAAACUACAAGUAUACUAGCUCUUGCACAUGAGCUUUUAGGACCUAAUUAUAAGGAGGCUGUUCUGGAGCUAAAUGCUUCUGAUGAUAGGGGUAUAGAUGUUGUGAGGAACAAAAUCAAAAUGUUUGCACAAAAGAAAGUGACUUUACCUCCUGGAAGACACAAAGUCGUAAUUCUUGAUGAGGCUGAUAGCAUGACAUCUGGAGCGCAACAAGCUUUGAGGAGGACAAUGGAAAUAUAUUCAAAUUCUACACGUUUUGCUCUUGCUUGCAAUACUUCUUCUAAAAUUAUUGAGCCUAUUCAGAGUAGAUGUGCGCUUGUUCGAUUUUCAAGAUUAUCUGAUCAAGAAAUUCUUGGUCGUCUCAUCAUUGUUGUUCAAGCGGAAAAGGUUCCAUAUGUUCCUGAGGGCCUUGAAGCUAUCAUAUUCACUGCUGAUGGAGAUAUGAGGCAGGCAUUGAAUAACUUGCAAGCUACGUAUAGUGGAUUUCGGUUUGUCAACCAGGAAAAUGUUUUCAAGGUUUGUGACCAGCCUCAUCCAUUGCAUGUAAAGAACAUGGUUCGCCAUGUGAUGGAGGGAAAGUAUGAUGAUGCUUGUUCUGGUCUGAAGCAGCUUUAUGACUUGGGCUAUUCCCCUACUGACAUAAUCACAACCCUUUUCCGUAUUAUAAAGAAUUAUGAUAUGGCGGAAUAUCUGAAAUUGGAAUUCAUGAAGGAAACUGGAUUUGCCCAUAUGAGAAUCUGUGAUGGGGUAGGUUCCUAUCUUCAGCUAUGUGGCCUUUUAGCUAAGCUUGCGCUAGUUCGUGACACAGCCAGAGCAGCAUAAGAUAUUAGUUCUGUUUUAUUGUGGUGAUAGGGAGUUGCCAUUGUAAACCUCGGUUCUAUUUUGAUGUUCAGGAACACCCCUUGAUAAUGGGACCAAGAGUGCAUUUUGUGGCAGUUUCUACGACUUGUAACUGAAUUAUUAUGAAGAUUUUAGUAGUCAAACAUUUAUGAAAGUUGCUCGUGUUCUUUUCU